AUGGCUCCCUCGAAAUGUCGGUCGCUCCAGAGCAUUGGAGAUUCUUCAGGAUCUGAUGAUUUUGAUGCGUCUACAGCUGAGCUUUAUGGAUGGAUAAACCGCGCAAUACCCGAUGCGGACUAUGAAGGCUUCGUGGACCACUUUGCCCAUCGGGUCGCUGGGUUUGACGCUCGCCCUCUUGUGGAGGCCAAACGCGUUGUUAAUGCUCGUAGCGGUCUACCUACUGACGUGGACUUCUUUUCUUCCAUGAGACUCUGCAUUCAGAUGGCCCAAACCCCUGAGAGAGCUGCUCGCUCCAAGAUCCUUCGUUCCAAGGGUUAUGCCCAAGAAGGAGAAGUCGAGCUUAAUAUGGGUAAAAUUCUGGCAGAAGUGACUUUUAGUGAUCUCCCCUAG